AGGUCGUGCGCAAGAAGGCGAUCGUGUCGGUCAACCGGUUCUUCAAGCUGAUGCCCGAGACGGUGCUGGAGCAGAAGGACCAGAUACGGAAGGUCCUGUGCGACCCGGACCCGUCUGUGAUGGGCGCCUCCUUGCACGUCCUCUAUGAGACCAUCAAGGCGAACUCCUCGAGCUUCAAGGACCUCACCCCGUCCUUCGUCAGCAUCCUGAAGCAGAUCACGGAGCACCGGCUGCCCCGCGAUUUUGACUACCACCGCAUGCCCGCGCCCUGGCUGCAGGUGAAGCUCCUGUCCAUCCUCGGCUUGCUGG